CCAUUAUCCUUGGGCUUCGUAAAAACGUUCAAUCAUGAACCGCGUCCGCGCUCGAGCCUCCUAUAAAAGCCUUUGGCGAGAAGACCAGCCAUCAGUCACUUGUCCAGUGUCCAAACAACUACUUCAACAUGAAAUUCCUGGUCGUCGUAGCCCUGCUGGUUGCCGUUGUCUUCGCGGAAGAAGAAAAGAAAACUGAAAAACGUGGUCUUUCGGGACUGGGCUACGGUGGACUAGGCUACAGUGGUCUGGGCUAUGGUGGUCACGGGCUGGGCUAUAGCGCCGGUUACGGUGGACUCGGUUAUAGUGGUGGAUACGCUGGAUAUGCUCCAGUAGCAGUCAGUAAGGUGGCCUACACCACCUCUCACGGAGGCUACGGCGGACUUGGCGGAUACGGCGGAUAUGGCGGUUACUCCGGCCUUGGUGGAUACAACGGCCUUGGCGGAUAUGGUUACUAUGGUGGUCACGGCGGAUACGCCUCCCCGGUCGUCGGUUACGGCGGCUACUAUGGCGGACACGGCCAUGGUUACGGCGGACUUGGCGGAAUUGGCGGACUUGGCUACUACGGACACCAUUAAAUGAGGCGUUAUUGUGUUCAAUACUAAUACUCUAUGACAAAGCCAUUCAAGAGAGCUCACAUGACAAAUAAACCAACACCUUUAAUCAAACUCUCUUUUUAUAUUUGUGAUAUACACAGCGAAUGUUGUAAAAAUAAAUUGUACAUAUGUAAUAAAUACUUAUAUACAUAAA